GAAGCCGCAGAAACAUCAGCUAUGGCGCUGUCAACUGUCCUCGAAACUCCCGGAGCUGGGUUUAAUUUUGAAAACGCGACGAGAAAUGCUGCGUUAGAGGGUCUUUUUGAAGGAGGACAGACUCCAAAACCUCUGAAAACUGGAACCACCAUAGCAGGAGUUGUGUUUAAGGAUGGAGUUGUCCUGGGAGCCGACACAAGAGCCACAUCCAGUGAAGUGGUGGCUGACAAAAUGUGUGAAAAGAUCCAUUUCAUUUCUCCAAACAUGUAUUGUUGUGGAGCAGGAACAGCAGCAGACACAGAGAAAACCACAGAUCUUCUGUCAUCCAACCUCUCCAUCUUCUCACUGAACAGUGGGAGAAACCCUCGUGUUGUCAUGGCUGUGAACAUCCUGCAGGAUAUGCUGUACAGGUAUCACGGUCAGAUUGGUGCCAACCUGAUACUGGGAGGAGUGGACUGUACUGGUAACCACCUGUACACUGUGGGUCCAUAUGGAGAUGUAAAUAAGGUCCCUUACCUUGCAAUGGGAUCAGGUGAUCUGGCUGCUCUUGGGAUUUUAGAAGAUGGGUUCAAACACAACCUAGAGCUGGAAGAGGCGAAGGAGUUGGUAAGAUCGUCCGUCCACGCAGGCAUCAUGAGUGACCUCGGCUCAGGCAACAACAUCGACAUCUGUGUCAUCACCAAGCAAGGAGUGGACUACAUCAGGCCCUACCAGGAGUCAGAGUACAAAGAUGAGAGGAAAAUGAAAUACAAGUAUCGUUCCGGCACGACGAAGGUCCUGACAGAGAAAGUUGUGCCAUUAAAGCUGGAGGUCGUUCAAGAGACAGUGCAGAAGAUGGAUAUAGCCUGAUAUCCAAUAAAACACUCUAAUAAAAACCAAAACACAUAAGCGUCAAAAUAAUUUUCUACGUUUUUUGUUUGUUUGUUUGUUUUACAGACUUUGGAUAUGAUGGUGUAACCAUGCAAAACAUUUUUUAAAACAUUUCUUUCAUUGUCACUGAUUCUUUGGAAUAAUUCAAACACUGUAAUGGGCUACUGCAAGGAUUUAAAUGUGUAAAGGUUGUUAAAUACAGAUUAAAAAUUUUGAUUACA